AUGAAAAAUCUCUUGGGCACUGAGUUGGGUUAUCAUUCCAUGAAAAUGAUGUGUAAUAUUUUAAAUGAUCGUACUCUCGAUGAAGAUAAUUUUCUGUUAAGAGGUGCAGUUUUUCAUCUUAAUAUGAAUAUAUUUGGUGCACCCAUGGUAUUCCAAGUGUCACCUCUCUUUUAUGCAUCUAUGGUUCUAAACAGUUUUUUAAGGGCUCUGGAUAGUCGUCAUGUUAGUGUCACUUAUGAGGUUAUAAUUGGCAUUUAUAUAGUAAUAACUAAAUAUAAAUCAGAAUUACCCGAAAUUAUAUGGGAUCGUAUAUGUGAUAUAAUGUCAGCCAUUGUGGAUAAUAUAGAAUAUUAUGAGAGUUUCUCUACAACCACCGACAGUUUGUUGCAACUUAAAAAUCAUUUACAUGAGAACAUAACGUUCAUUGAGAAACUAUUGGAGGAUGAUAAAACUAAAAUUCUGGCCAAUUAUGAACGUAUUUAUGAUUUAAUUGAACGCGUUGCAGAAAGUAGACCCGAAUCUUCGGUAUUACUUUUAAUCGAUUAUAGAUCUUCCAAGAUAACAGCCACCCGACCAGAAUGGUUGCUUUUACUUAAUACUUUUGUACAACGUUUCUAUAAAAUGACAAAUACACCCAUACGUAUUAAGGUUAUACAGUCUCUGGUGAAUAUUAUGGAUUUAAAUCGUUCCUGCUAUGAAGAGGAAAUUUUAGAACGUGUAGUUAUUCCUUUAUUUACCCACGUUUGCAAUGAAACAGAUGUCCAGCUACGCAGAGCAGUAGCUGAUGCUUUAAUUGAUUUCACACGUCAUUGUGAUACCAAACGUUGUGGUGAAUUAUUGGAUAUUUUAGAAAAGAUCAUUAAUCGUCCCUAUGAUAUGCACAGACAAUAUGGUACCGAUAUUAAGACAGAACAAGAAAUACAAGAUGUUAUAACAGCUGUUGAUGGUUUAAUUGAAGUUUUUGUUAUCAAACUCUAUCGUUUACCUUCAUGUCAUGCCAUUAAAAUAUUCAAUAUAUUAGUGGGUCAUUUGGAGUUGCAUUAUCAAUAUCCAAAAGUUUUUGAACAAGUUAAUAUUGUGAGAUAUAAGAUCUUUUGCUGGAUGUUAAGGGCUCGUGCUAAUGCCUCCUAUCAUAUUGGUUAUCCUGAUCCUACCAAUAAUGAUAACAUCAAGUUUAGCUAUUAUUUGGGCAUAGAUUCUAAUUUACCCGUCCAUGAUAUAAGUCAUCAUCAUCAACGUCAUUCGAUUAUGUCGCAGUCUAAUCAUGAUGUUGUUCCAAAUGCUCAUUUUACUACGAUUUCGAUAAAGAGAGCUUGUGAAACGAUUGUCAAGUGUUUGGAAAAAGAUAGAGAUUUUCAAAUCUUCCAAUUGGUCAUCAAAGAACUUCCCAAAGUUAUGCAAAAUAAAGCUCUCAUACAGGGCAAUGAUAUCGAGUCUCUAGCUGCUGCACUCUUUAAAACUAUAUCCGAAAGUAAUAAAGCUCUUCAUGUUGUCUAUAAAUGCACCAUAGAUGAAUUGAAUUCUCUAGUUCUACCGGCCAUAGCUGGUCUUGUUAUCUAUCAUCAAUAUCUACAGCCCUCUAAUCAAUAUAAAAUCAUAGAAGUUUUAAAAAUGGGCAUAUCUAACAUCGGCAGUGGUAUUGCCACAAUAGCUACUAUUUGCAUAAAUACCAUGACUACCAUAAUAUUGGAAAUGCCUGAGGCCUUAAUGCGUAAGUUACCGGAUAUUUUGUUACAAAUGUCGAAAAUGUCUGAUACACCUACAGUGGCUAUACCGGUAUUGGAUUUUUUAUCGAUACUCAGUCGUUUAUCCAAUGAUUUGUGCACCAAUUUUACUUCACGCCAAUAUAUGUAUGUUUUUGCCAUCUCUUUGCCCUAUACAAAACCACGACGUUAUCAUCAUUAUGUCGUUUCAUUGGCUCAUCAUGUUAUUGCCGGUUGGUUUUUGAAAUGUAAACUGGAGUUGAGAAGAAAUUGUGUUAAUUAUAUAAUCAAUUCCAUUCAAUCCAAUGCUAGUAUGCUGUACGAGGACAUUAAUAAUUUGACUCGCAAUGUACAAAUUCAAGAUUUUCAAAGUUUAAAUGAAGACUCUUCGAAUCGUAAACGUAGUACUAGUUUAACCGAACGUGGUAGUCGUAAUACAGCAGCUGCAACGGCUCGUAAUCAUUCGGAAAUGCGUCCUUUGAUGAAUGAAGGUUUGAAAUCGUUUCAUGCUGAAUUGGCUGAGACUUGUAUUGAUUUUUUGGCUCGUCAUACAUUUUCUCCAUGUUCGGCUUUGCCGAAGAGACUUCCCGCUGUGGAAUAUCUUCUUAAAGAUGGUCACUCUCAAACCUGGUUGGUGGGCCAUAAUCUAGUAACUAUAACCACCUCUGGUUGCCCCUCAGGUCCAACACGUAAUGGUCUUUGCGAUCGUUGCGCUCAGUUGGGUAAAGCUUAUACCUUAAGUCCCAAAAACAGCACUGACACUAAUCCCGGUACAACACCCAUUUCACCGGAAAUUAAUCAUACACAAGGUGCCCCAACCUAUGAACAUCGUUAUACUAAAGUCUCUUUGCAGCACAGCAGUGGCAAUGAGUCGGCUGGUAGCACAGAUUUGACCUCAUCCUCUUCUUCAACUUCACACACCACACAAAGACAAACUUCUAACAGUUCGACAGCUUCGCUAGAGGCUUUGUCGAGACGUGGUUCUAAUCCAGAGGCUGGUAGUACAGAUUUAGGUGUAGGCAGCACUGCGGGUGGGGUAGGAGGUGGAAGUUGUUCUUCUUUAUUGGGCAAUUCCUUGUCUUCCUCAAGCGUAUGUGCCUCACCCAUAUGUGUGCGUUCCUGUACCGCCUGGGCGGAGAUUUUAAUAAGACGUCCUACUGGUAACAUUUCCUGGAUAACACGCAUACAAAAUCCUUUAUCAAAUGAUUGUUUUGGCUAUGAUGUGCCCUUUAGUAGCAUGGUUUCGCUAUUCUUGCCCACCCAACAUGGUGGAGUAUUUGGUCCCGAUUUCUUGCAACCAGAAAAUUUGGAAGAGAUUAAUGCUGUGUCCAAAGAAAUCAAGGAAACAGUACAGAAUGAAAAUCUUAAACAUGAACUAAGUAUGACAAAGUCUUUGGAAGAAAGACCUAAAACUGUAUCCAAAGCUAGAGCCUUACAAAGACAAGAAGAAAUAUCUUCAUCGGCCCAAGCUGUGGCUGGCACCCAAGCCAUAGAUAUACCGAAAUUGACAACAGCUGGAAAACGUGGUAAAGAAGCCUUAUGCGGUAGUGUUAGUGAUGGUGAGGCCGAUGAGGAAUACUUAGCCAUUGAAGGUGGACAAAUGCGUGCUAGGAAACCAGUGAGAAGGGUAAACUCCAGUCCAGAAAUGUCUUCUAGUUGGCGCAAUACUUUCCUAAUGAAUAAACCAGCGCCCUUAUCACAAGAAACAGCUGGUGCUACAGAGCUAACAAACGACUUUGAAUUGCCAACACAACAUCAGCAGCAAUCGCAACAACAAAAAAAGAAAAGUGUACAAUACAGCAAGGUAAGCUGUGAGGCCAUACCCGAAGAAAUAGCCGGUUCCACACCGCCACAACAAAGCAACAAAUCUGAUGCAACACUUAAAGCACCCGAAACUUUAACAUUACCUCCCAAACAACUAUCGGCAGAUGAUGUUAGUCAAAAAACUGCCACAACACAGCCCUUGGUGCAACAAUCUGCCUCAGCCACUUCAUUGAAAUCUACCGGUACUGGCGCACAAGGAGAAGAGAAAAUAGUAGCCAAACCUCCUUUAUCACCAGCACCACAACAUUCACCACGCAUGGAGAGACAACAUGCUCCAGCCAUUAAAUCCACUUCGUUUGGCUAUCAUCAGGGACUAGCCAAAUCCAGCAGUGGUGGCAACAACUCUAAUAUGUCCUCCUCUCAAGGAGGACCCAAUCAAAAUAAUGAUUACAACAAUGGUGAAAUGCGUGGCCGCUCCAAAACCAUUUCCGUAGUAAGAGAAGUUAAUAAUGGUAAAUCCCGACCACCCACUACUGCCUUCUCGCGUUUUGGUGCCACUAAACCACAACUAAAUACCAAACUCUGUAUGAAUCCCAGUUUUGUGUUCAUGCAGCUGUAUCACACCGGACAAGUGCAGGUAACUGAUGUGCCUAUUAAAGUGCCACCAGAACAAAUGAGUGCAGUUAACCUGCUGGAUUUGGCACCACCCUUUGAAACCCAUAAUAUAGGCGUUUUAUAUGUGGGUCAGGGUCAGUGCAAUAAUGUCGUGGAGAUUUUACGCAACUCACAUGGCAGUACCAGAUAUGUAGAAUUCUUGCGUAGCAUUGGCACUUUGGUUAGCUUGAAAGAUGCCGCGCAAAAUAAUUUAUUUGUAACUUUGGCUACUGAUGGGGCGGAUGGUAAAUUUACCUAUAUAUGGAAAGAUGAUAUAGUUCAGGUUACCUUCCAUGUGGCCACUUUAAUGCCAACCAAACUGAACAGUGAUCCCAAUUGUAAUGAGAAAAAGAAACACAUUGGCAACGAUUAUGUUAAUAUAGUAUACAACGAAAGUGGAGAAGAAUAUAAUCUUAAUACAAUAUCGGUAAGUUGA